GAACGGUGGAAAAUGUCCGAAUGAGAUUCAAAAUCGCAGGUCAUCAGGAACUGGUCAAGCCGCGGACGAGGAUCCGCGAAAAGGACAAGAGGAUUGUACCACUAAGUCUCGGGACAUGCGCGGUCGUAUUGUUUGAAAAUAGCUUUUUUGUACCAUACACCAUUUUAGAAAAUGUGGAUAUCACCAUAGAAGCUCCACGAGGUAUACCUCAGACCACAUGAGAGCAUUUGGGGCGGGUGAGGAGGUGAGAACUAUACGAUUUUGCCUUUUCACAGUGAACAAUUCCAUACUCAGCCUGCUUCCAGUCAGCCUUCAUGGGUCGAAGGAUCAGCGGUCCACCAUGUCCAAGGUCCUGGCAAUUCUUGCCAAUUCUUGUCACUGCAAUCCAAGCAAGGCUGUAAAGAAACUCGAUGGACUUCUCUAUCUCCCAUGCUGAUCUCCCUUUUUCUUUUUCUAUUUCUUCUGUAUAUCAUCUAAUGACAACCGUCCUGGCGUGUAUUUGAAUAUCUGAGCAAAGACUGUAAUUACAAUAAUGGCACAAUCCUUUUUUCGCCUUGCCUUUGCGGGGCUCGGAAUAUCUUUAUCUGUACGUAAACAAUCUCUCUUAGCUUUAACUCUAUAUUCAAUCCGCUAAUCUGUUCUUGUCGAUAGUUUACUUGUUCCGAAGCGUAUUCAGGGAGUCGUUCUGUCCUACCAAGGACAGAUACAUGGUCAUAUGUGGGCUGCUACAGGUAAAAUAUACAUUGUUACAUUGCCAAGCACAACUCCGAUUUUCGUUGAAUCUUCCAUUUCUUGAAGAUAAAGAUUCCAAUGAGGAUACAAGGAAUUCCUCUGGGUUAGAAUAAUUGAUGCCUUGCAUUUUAUACCCUUCUAUCAAUCUGCUCCAGAUUGCUCGCAUGUCGCAAAUGCAAUGCAGAAACUGGUAGCCGGGUAUAUCGAGUGCAUAUCAUUUUUCCCAUUCUCUUUUCCCAUAUAACCUUGUUUGAACGACCUCAUGUACAGUUUUGCUGAUUCGCUGUCGUUAGCGACAACGUGGGGGCUCGCACCCUCACUACUAAUGUGGCAACUAUGGGAGGAGAGGGAGGUUUAACAGUUGAAAUUUGCCAGUCUACUUGUCAAAGUGUAGGCUACGUACUUGCUGGAGUUGAAUAUUCAGGGGAAUGCUGUAAGUUAUUAGCCCCAUCAAUUUUGUAGCCUAAACCUUGACAAAUCGCAAGACUGUGGGAAUAAUUUCUACAAUGGCGGGACCAAAGCUUCUGAUGGGGAAGUUGGUUGUAAUAUGCCUUGUAAUGGGAACCCCUCUCAAGUCUGUGGAGGUUCUGGUCGCCUCAGUGUCUAUGAUUUGAACAAUGCUAUUAUCUCACUUCCUACCCUCACGACAAGCUCCAUUCCCGCCCCUACUUACACGGGAGCACCAACUGGGUGGGCACCUCUUGGGUGCUACAAUGAUAGCGUGAAUGCGCGUACUCUCAACACGCAAAUAUAUUCCAUUGCCGGGACAUCCAUGAGUGUCGAUGCAUGCCUUUCCGCCUGCAUUUUCGGAGGUUAUAGACUUUCAGGAGUCGAGUAUGGCAGUGAAUGUUAUUGCGACCACGAGAUUUAUAAUUAUGGUGCCCCAGCCACGGGUUGUACCAUGGCAUGUGGAGGAAAUUCGACACAAUUUUGCGGAGGGUAAGGAUUGCCUAUAUGUUAUUGUUGUACAUUGACCUUGUCUUGUACAUCCGAUUGCCCAAUUUUUCUCCGAGGCACUUCAUGAUAGACAAUUACUGAAUACCCAAUCUUCUAGGGCCGGACGGAUAAACGUAUACAAUUACACGGCAACGAGCUUGCCACCUACUCCAACGCCAACUACAGUCAGUGUUACUAUUCCUACGGCCACGAUCACAGAUCUUCCCGAAGGAUGGAGCUACAAGGGUUGUUGGGUCGACCGAGCUCUUGGUCUUGGUAGUAUUCUUGCAAAUAACCUGCCUAACGAUGCUAAUAUGACUGUGGAAUCGUGCAUACAAAACUGUAUCACGGCAGGAUAUAGUAUAGCUGGAAUGCAAUACUAUACUCAAUGUUAUUGCGACUCUGCAAUCAUUAAUCAGGGUGCCUUGGCAUCCUCAGAUUCACAAUGUAACACUCCGUGCGGAGGUAAUCCAAACCAGUACGUGAUGGAUACACAAAUUUCGCCGUCUUUCACAGCUAAAAUUGCUCGCCGGUUUUAGUUUCUAAUAUCCCUUUUUCUCGCACAUACCUUCUUUUCCUAAUACACUUAACUUCUUGUUUCCCUAAUAGUCUGUCUUCAAUCGGUAUGCUGACUCAAUCUACUACAGAAUGUGUGGUGGAGGGGAUAGGAUGAGCGUUUAUUCCAAUCAAACGGAUAUUAAUGUGUUACCAUUACCAGUGAUAGCGAACAGGGCCUUACCAGGCAACUGGAAAUACAAGGGCUGUCUCAAGUAAGUGUAACUUCUUAAUUUUGAUAAUUCAUCGUAUAUGGCGUGCUGGUAUGGCUACACAACGGCGAGAGCUGAUUAUCGCGCAGGGACAAUUCUCAGAAUAGGGUCUUUCCCUAUCUAACCAUACUUCCGAAUAAUAACACAGCCACGAACUGUCUUAGCCUUUGUUCUGAAUAUGGAUACGGUGCUGGGGGAAUGGAAUUUUCGAACCAAUGCUGUAAGUUCGCAUUUAUUCUACUUUCCACCACAUGUUGGAAAAUUGAACCUCAUGCGGCUGAAUGCUGCUUGGUACCUGAUAGAUUUUUCGAUUCCCGCCUGCUUUUGACAUUUAAAGUUAUCGUUCUUUGGUGUAAAGUUACAGGUUGAAUUUACAUUAACUUCAUUUACAGUCUGUGGGGAUGUACAAAAUGUUAUCGACCAUAGUGCCGCAUCGGUCAAUGAUUCUCAAUGCAACAUGCUUUGCAGCGGCAAUCGUGACACAUACUGUGGUGGACCUUCCUUGAUCUCCUACUACGUUUGGACAGACACACCACUUAAUAGCUGGACGUUUGAGAGUGGAAAUGCUGCCGGAAGAUACGAGUUUCUUAUAGGGGGUAGGUCGCAAUCCGAAUAGUAUUUUGAAAGCAUGACUAAUAUUUACAGGACCAAUCGUUCCUUUAACAUCUACUGUUGGUAUCAACGGCAAGGUCUCAUUCUUAGAAAAGUUCGGCACCUCGCUUGACAAGAAUAGUACCGGUGCUUAUGAGCUUGACCUUACUCUGGUUAGUAACUUUGAUGCUGCAUGGCGUACCAUGCAUGUGAAGACAGACGUCUUCUGCUCCGCUAGUAUCGUUCUCCCUGAUCGGCUUGCUCGUCAAAUCAAUAUAGGGGGCUGGUCAAUUCCGUCGACUAUAGGUAUACGGUUCUACACUCCUGAUGGCGCGCCAGGGGUAGCGAGCAAAAAUGACUGGGAAGAGAAUUAUCAUGAGGUUGCUCUGCAAGAGGGCCGAUGGUAUCCUUCAGCAAUGGUUAUGGCCAAUGGGAGUAUCCUUGUAGUAGGUGGCGAAGUGGGCUCUAACGGAGCAGCUGUUCCUUCACUAGAAAUCAUUCCUCGACCUCCUGGAGCAGGCACUAUCUUUUGCGAUUAUCUGGCACGUACAGAUCCGUUUAAUUUGUAUCCAUACCUCAUAGUUCUUCCUUCUGGCGGCAUCUUCAUUGCAUAUUACAAUGAGGCGAGAAUUCUGGACGAGGUUACUUUGCAAACUCAGAAAUUGUUACCGAACAUUCCUGCUGCAGUGAACAACUUCUUGGGUGGUAGAACAUACCCUAUGGAAGGUACUGCUGUGAUAAUGCCACAGAGUGCGCCUUACACAGACCCACUUGUAGUUAUGAUUUGUGGAGGCUCAACACCGGGCCCGGAGAUUGCCUUGGAUAACUGUGUAUCACUCCAGCCAGAGGUAGCUGGCGCAAAGUGGACUAUUGAGCGCAUGGUAUGCUUUCUUCUCUAUUUUCUUCCUCGAUCGGUUUAAUUAACGAGAAAUUACAGCCUUCAAAACGAGUAAUAUCAUCUAUGGCAUCCUUGUAAGCUUUUCCUUCAUAAAUUCUCCAUUGUUCGAUUGCUAACUGAGAAUUCUUAGACCUGAUGGUACGUUCCUCAUUAUAAAUGGUGCUCAGCAAGGCUUUGCUGGCUUUGGGCUUGCCACCGAUCCCAACUUCAAUGCUGUUCUCUAUGAUCCAUCCAAGCCCCUCAAUUCUCGAAUGUCUUCUUUAGCCAACACAACAAUCGCUCGCAUGUACCAUAACGAAGCUGUACUUCUUCCUGAUGGUAGAGUUUUAGUUUCAGGCAGUGACCCUGAGGAUCCUCGAUACCCUCAAGAAUAUCGCAUCGAGGUAUUCGUACCUCCAUACUUAUUAGGUGGAGUCACCCAGCCAGAUUUUACCUUGGAAAACGGCAACGAUUUCGGCUACGGAGACACAAUAACCAUAGCCGCUGUCCUUCAUCAAGGCGGUCUAUCUACCAUCCGCAUAUCUCUCAUGACAGCCGUAGGCGCCACCCACGGAAAUUCCUUCGGUCAACGAACAUAUUUCCCGGCAUUUUCCUGCUCUGGCGCAGCAGCAAAUGCACAAUGCACAAUCACUACACCACCGAAUGCCCAUGUGUAUCCACCUAGCUGGGCCAUGCUUUUUGUGUUGGAUAAUGGAACGCCAAGUGUGGGACAAUGGGUCAGGAUUGGGGGAGAUCCAGCAAGAUUAGGUGAAUGGCCUAACUUCCCAGAUUUUACGCUUCCGGGAGUCGGACCUACUGUUGGAGCUGGUGGUCCGGUAAAAUUGGGGUCUAAUAGCACAUCUAAGUAAAUCUUCUGAAGGUGUAAGAAGGCAUACAUAAGAGGAAUGAGUCUUGCUGUCUUUUUGGGGCAAUGAAAUUGUCGAUUUGGCUUGGCUUUUAAGUUAGGGUGAACUGCACCGGAGCACAAUAAAGGUUUUCAUUAUAUUUUACUCUCGUUUAGGUAAUUUUUAAAUAUAUAUUGUAGUGUUCAUAGUAUAUUAACCGAACA